AUGGCGUCCUUCACUGCAUUGCUUGUAAUGGAAAUAAUUGUUGUUGUUGUCUGGGUGGCUGCUUCAUUCACCAUUGUGAGGCCUCUUGCAACAAUAGCAGUAGCAUCUGAAUCAGCAGCAGCAGCAGAAGCCAAUGCUCUACUCAACUGGAAGGCCAGUGGCUCCAACUUUCCUGAUUCCUGGAAUGCAAAUGAUACAAGCCCAUGCAAGUGGGAGGGGAUAGCUUGCAACACAGCUGGAAGAGUUUCAGAGAUUAACCUACAUUCUUACUCCCUAAAUGCUGACCUCGGCAUUUUGAAUCUAAAAGGGUUGCAACUAGGUAGUAACAUGAUUUCUGGUCCAAUACCUACACAGAUUGGGAAUUUGAGUAAUCUCACUGAGUUAGACCUAAAUAAUAAUGAGUUUACUGGUUCAAUACCUUCACAGAUAUGGAAUUUAAGAAAUCUAGAAAGAUUGGAACUAGGAAGUAACUUGCUUUCUGGUUCAAUACCUACACAGAUUGGAAAUUUGAGAAAUCUAAUGCAGUUUGGACUAGGAAGUAACAUGUUUUCUGGUUCAAUACCUACACAGAUUGGGAAUUUGAGAGAUCUAAAUGAGUUAAACCUAAGUGGAAAUAAGUUUACUGGUUCAAUUCCUAUGGAAAUUGGAUAUUUAGAACGACUGACGCGACUUUAUCUUGCACACAACAAUCUAAGUGGUUUAAUCCCUACACAGAUGGGGAAACUCCAUAUUGAUUCUUUGGAUUUGGAUAUGCGCUACAAUGAUUUUGAGAAAAAGAUUGAGAAAAAGCUUAAACUCAAGAUUCCCAUUAUUAUAUCUCUUUCUAGCAUCAUCAUACUUGUUGCAUUUGUAAUUGUUAUUGUUUGGUUCCUCUUCAAACAAAAGUCUAUAAAUUCCAUUACUGAUGCAACAAGAACACAAAAAAAUGGAGAUAUAUUUUCCAUAUGGAACUACGACGGGACGAUUGCAUAUAGUGACAUCAUGGAAGCUACAGAAGAAUUUGACAUCAAAUAUUGCAUUGGCACUGGAGGUUAUGGGAGUGUUUACAGAGCAAUGCUACCUACGGGUAAAGUAGUAGCUGUGAAAAAGCUUCAUCGCAUAGAAGCUGAAGAGAAAGCUUAUGAGAAGAGCUUCACUAAUGAAAUACACGUAUUAACAAGAAUACGGCAUCGGAACAUUGUGAAACUUUAUGGAUUUUGCUCUCAUCCAAGGUGUAAUUUUUUAGUUUACGAAUACAUAGAAAGAGGAAGCUUAGCUUAUGUUCUUGGAAAUGAAGCAGAAGCGGUGGAAUUGAAUUGGAGGAAACGUAUAAAUGUCAUCAAAGGGACCGCUCAUGCUUUGUCUUACUUGCAUCAUGACUACAUACCAGCAUUAAUUCAUCGAGACAUAUCGAGCAACAAUGUCUUGUUGGAUGCAAAUCUUGAGCCACACGUUGCUGACUUUGGAACUUCUAGAUUUCUAAAUCCUAAUUCAUCCAACCGCACUAUACCGGCAGGCACAUAUGGCUAUAUUGCUCCAGAGCUUGCUUAUACAAUGGUUGUGACAGAAAAAUGUGAUGUUUAUAGCUUUGGGGUAUUGACACUGGAGAUAAUUAUGGGAAAGCAUCCUGCUGAACUCAUCUCUUCAUUAUCCUCGCCAAAUGCAGAGGAUAUAAUGCUAAAUGAUGUGUUAGACCCACGUCCCCCACCACCAACACAAUUGGUAGCACAAGAUCUAAAUGUCUCAAUGAUGCUUGGAAUUGCAUGCUUGCACACCAAUCCAAAAUCUUGUCCAAGUAUGCAAUAUGUGUCUCAGAAACUAAGAAGUUCUACGGACCUGAUUGCAGUUCUUCUAUAUAAGUUCAUUGUGGCAAUUAGGCACAUGAAAAUAAAACCAAAUCCAUUAAGUUACAUGGAAAUGGUUCAUCCAUUGCUAAGGUAUUGA